ACAGGCCUCUCUCAUCUUUUUAAGUGGGAGAACUUGCACAAUUGGUGGCUGACUAAAUACUUUUUUGCCCCACUGUACCUCACCCAACAAAUGAAUGGUAAAGAUUAGCACCGCAGAUCUGUAAAUUGCAUUAUGCUUAUCUUCUCCAUUCAUUUUGGGAAUGUGGCAUUUACAUUGUAGCUCCUUCUACAAAAAAUAAUGCCUGGGAUAUGUACUUAUCUGAAGAGAAGAUCGCUUUUGAGGUUUGAAAAUAUCAUCUGAUUUUGGAGUGUCAUGACCCUUGAGCAGUAAUUUUGUUAGGACUGAGUGGUUUGAGUGGGGAGGAGAAAACUGGAAAUGAUCUGUUAUUGGCAUAGAGGUUUGGAACUAUCUUAUUGGUCUAUUAACUAAUUUACUGCCUGGUGAUGUCACCAGCAGGGUUGGGUAGGUUACAUUUGAAAUAUAAUCCAUUACAGUUACUAGUUACCUGUCCAACUUUUUUUUAAUCAUUAACAUAACUUUUGGAUUACCCAAACUCAGUUACUUUUAGAUUACUUUCACAUUAGAAGAAUACAUAAAUUAAUUUGACCAUUUGAAUAACUUCUAUUGCAGGAUAAAUCACUGGUAGAUUUUACAUAGCUGGCCAUAAAUGGUUGUUGCAUUUUACUUGGGUUGGUUAACUAGGCUUAUUCUAACCCAUUGCUUUCCACUUUAAUACAUAUAAUAAUAUUAUUAGGCUAUAUCUUUACAAAAUCAAAGUCUAUCAGAUUUGCAAUGUUAAUUACCAUAACAAAACAAAAACAAUAACAAAGGCACUGGGGCGAACAGUGGCUCUGUUUCCCCUAAUGCAGAUUUGAUCUUUAAAGCUAAAAACAUAUGCACUUCAGAACAUACGUAGCUACUUGUGUUCUGAUCAUAAAAAUAUGUUAUUCUCUCUCUCUUUCUCUUUCUGUGUGUAUGUGUGUGUGUGUGUGUGCAUGCGUUUGUGCAUUUGUGUGCGUGAGUGCGUGCAUGUGGGUCAAUAGUCCAGAGAGCAUAGUUUGGAUGCCCAGAAAGCAGCUCCUCAAGGUUUCAUCAUGAAUAAAAACAAGCGAGCAGAAGAGAGGGAGCUUUACAGUUUAGAUGUCGGAGAUUCCACCUUCACUGUUCUGAAAUGCUACCAGAAUCUAAGGCCCAUCGGCUCAGGAGCACAGGGAAUCGUCUGUUCAGCGUAUGACCACAACCUUGAGAGAAAUGUGGCUAUUAAGAAGUUAAGUCGGCCGUUCCAGAACCAGACGCAUGCCAAGAGAGCGUACAGAGAACUGGUGUUAAUGAAAUGUGUCAAUCACAAAAAUAUCAUUGGCCUAAUAAACGUAUUCAGCCCACAAAAAUCAUUAGAAGAAUUUGCAGAUGUAUACAUUGUGAUGGAGCUGAUGGAUGCCAACUUGUGCCAGGUGAUUCAGAUGGAGCUGGAUCAUGAGAGGUUGUCCUACCUGCUCUACCAGAUGCUGUGUGGCAUCAAACACCUCCACGCUGCCGGCAUCAUACACAGGGAUCUAAAGCCCAGUAACAUUGUCGUGAAGUCAGACUGUACGUUGAAGAUCUUGGACUUUGGCUUGGCUCGGACGGCGGCUACAGGUCUGCUGAUGACCCCCUACGUAGUGACCAGAUACUACAGAGCACCAGAGGUCAUACUGGGGAUGGGCUACCAGGCCAACGUGGACGUGUGGUCAGUGGGUUGUAUUGUGGCUGAGAUGGUCAGAGGUAGUGUGUUGUUCCCAGGCUCUGACCACAUUGACCAGUGGAACAAGGUGAUAGAGCAGCUUGGGACUCCACCACAGGAGUUCCUGAUGAAGCUCAACCAAUCAGUGAGGACGUACGUAGAGAACAGGCCGCGUUACGCAGGAUACAGCUUUGACAAACUCUUCCCUGAUGUCCUCUUCCCUGCAGACUCAGAGCACAACAAACUGAAAGCGAGCCAGGCCAGAGACCUGCUGUCUAAGAUGUUGGUGAUCGACUCGUCUAAGAGGAUCUCUGUGGACGAGGCCCUGAAACACCCCUAUAUCAACGUGUGGUAUGACCCAGCAGAAGUGGAGGCGCCCCCUCCGAAGAUCACAGACAAGCAGCUGGAUGAGCGAGAGCAUACGGUGGAGGAGUGGAAAGACCUGAUCUGGAAGGAGGUGUAUGAGUGGGACGAUUGGACCAAGCAGAAUGGCGUGAUCAGAGGACAACCUCUUUUAGGUGCAGCAGUGAUUGACAGCUCCCCUCAGCACCCCUCGUCCUCCUCCUCAGGCAAUGACGUAUCCUCCAUGUCGACUGACCCCAGUGACCCUAGUGAACCCAGCAUGACCUCUGACACGGACAGCAGCCUGGACAGCCACACCUCUCUGGGAGCACUGGCCUGCUGCAGAUAACAUGCACACACACACACUUCUGUCACAGUAUAUAGUUUAAAACACUUAAAGGGGCAAUCUGCGAUGGCUACAUUUUUUUUCUGCCUUUUUUAUUGAAUGAUAUAUACCAAUUGAUUCUUGAAGAAUAUAAUAUAUAAAUGCUUUUACUCCAUUGUUUGUAAACAAACUCUGUAUAGUCUCAAAACAUGAUUACAUUGUGUUUCCUCCAUUGUUUGUAAACAAUGUAAUUGUAAACAAACACUGUGUAUAGCCUCAAAACAUGGUUAAAAUUAUAAUUUUGAUACUGUAUCAUGGAUGGUCAGUCCUUGCAUCCAUAGCUUUGUUUAUGAAUUUCAGAGCGAUUACAUUUCUCUAGCCCCAACCCUAAGUUGCUUACCAAAAACAGUGGUGGGGUGACUGUUUUAUUGUUGUUUAAACUGCAGAUUGCCCCUUUGUCUGUAAUGAAAUAAAAAUGUUUUUAUUUAUUUUGUAAAUGCACAGCUUUCAUUUGCUAUGUCCCCUAUAUCAGGCAUUGCCGAUUGUGUACAUGCUGUAAAUUACUAUAUUUAUUUAUUUUCUUGUUAGCUUCUGUCCCACCAAGCUGUGUAUGUCUAUGCUGGAAAUGAUAGUGGUUCAAAUCUCACAGUGGAUGGAACUUUUUCCCCUUUUCCCUAUUAGAAAGUGUUUUCUUACAAACACAUACUUAUUUUCUAUUAUAAACUGGGUUGUUCGAGCCCUGAAUGCUGAUUGACUGACAGCUUUGUUAUGUGAGACCGUAUACCACAGGUAUGACAAAACAUUUAUUUUGCAUUAAAUUAAACCAUUAAAUCACCUGGCCCAAAUACCUUUGUCACUUAGUCAUCUUUGUUGCUUUGUUUCUUCAACCAGUGGCCCAUCCCACUUGGCUCUAACCCUUCAAUGUUUGCAGAUCUUUAGGUUUUGGAUAGGUAUGUACAGGUCUGCAAACAUCAAAGGGUUAGGGCCAAGGGGAAGGGACAAAGGCUGCUUAUGUUUUAUUGGCGGGGCCAGGAGUCUUUCCUCAGGUCACAGGACCAGGAAAAACUCCCAGCCCCAUUGAUUUGAUUUAAGUGCUCUUACAGUUCAGGGAUUUUUGAAAGUCGGGACAAUCCUUAACCGGCAGAUAAACUUUAUUUUUAAUGUUUAUUUUGUUGCAUUAUUUGAUCCUAAAAAUUACAUUUAGGGGAAUUUUAUAAGGUGAAAGAUUUGCUUUAUAUUUAUAUUAUAUUUAUAUAAUAUUUUCAAUAUUACAAAUUUCCAUGUUGGCUCUAUGCCUGGAAAUGUCCUUUUCUGGAGCCAAGGGGGGCAAUUUCAAACUCUCCAAAAAAGUGUUUAAAAUUCUUAAAAACGGCAAUAAUGAAUAUUAACUGAAAAGGGAUCUUAGAUAGUUUUUUGCAUUAGACCUCUGACUUAAAGGCAUAUUUCUCUCAAAACUGUGAUUCCUAAAAGAAAUUGUCAGGAGAUUUGAUGAACUCCGUCAGAUUUGUCUACAAUCAUAAAUUAAUCAAGAAUGAUCAGGAUCAGCUACACCUCAUGAACCUUUUCUUAUUGUCCUCAUUACAUAUAGUGCAACAAAACCACUCAUGGUCUGCAAAGUGAUCUACUUUUGAUAGAUUUAAAGAAACAAUAUUGAAAUCAAAGUCUGUCACGUUUUUGUCUAACGUCAACUCCGUCAGAGUGCUGAAAUAUAUUUUAUAAUGGUUAUAUUUUUAUUGGGAAUUUUCAAAUAAAUAGUGUUCUAUAUUUUA